AUGAACUUAUCCAAGGGAACUGCAGCAGCGUACUGCUCGGGGUACUCAGAGGACGUUGACGUCAUACGAGAGCGCGAGUAUCCCUUGCUCAAAGAUACAACGUAUCUCGAUCAUGCAGGAACUACGCUUUAUGCGAACUCCUUGAUCCACUCGUUCGGCCGUGAUUUGACGGGGAAUCUGUAUGGAAAUCCGCAUUCCAUGUCUGCUUCGUCCCAGCUCUCGGCACAGCGCGUGGACGAUAUUCGCCUUCGGGCACUUCGUUUCUUUAAUGCGGACCCGGACGAGUUUGACCUUGUUUUCGUGGCAAAUGCUACUGCCGGGAUUAAAUUGGUUGCAGACGCUUUGCAAAAUUCGCCGCAAGGGUUCUGGUACGGGUAUUAUGUGGAUGCUCAUACGAGCCUGGUUGGAGUGCGGGAGCUUGCAAAGAUGGGAUCCAGGUGCUUCGUAAAUGAAGACGAGGUGGAUUCCUGGAUUUCGGGACUGGGGUCUCGGAGAGAAGAAUCACUUGGGUUAUUUGCGUACCCUGCGCAGUCGAACAUGAAUGGGCGUCGUGUUCCAAUGCGAUGGUGCGAGCAGAUACGUGCGCAAAAGGAAAAUGCAGACAACAUGAUCUACACGCUUCUUGAUGCGGCAUCCUUCGUCUCAACAUCUCCACUUGAUUUAAGCAAAAUAGCGGCCGCCCCGGAUUUUACAGUACUCAGCUUCUACAAAAUAUUCGGGUUUCCUGACCUCGGUGCGUUGAUCGUCCGCAAAAGUUCUGGAGAUGUGUUCAAGCACCGGAAGUUUUUUGGGGGUGGCACGGUAGACAUGGUUCUGACGGACGGGAAUCCGUGGCAUGCGAAAAAGCAAUCUUCCAUCCAUCAGAGCUUGGAAGAUGGGACACUCCCGUUUCACAGCAUAAUCGCUCUGGAUUCGGCAUUUGAGACACAUGGUCGGCUGUUUAGGUCUAUGGAGAACGUCGCUUCCCAUACGCGUUUCCUAGCCAAGCGACUGCGUGACCGGAUGAAUGCGUUGAAGCACUACAACGGAACGAAAGUCUGUCAGCUGUAUAUGUCGCCUAACUCUAGCUACGACGAUGCCUCUUCACAGGGUCCGAUUCUUGCUUUCAACUUGCGAAACAGUCGGGGCAUGUGGAUCGGUAAAUCAGAAGUCGAAAGGCUAGCGAGCAUCAAGAACAUCCAGAUCAGAUCCGGAACGCUUUGUAACCCAGGGGGUACAGCGUUAAGCCUAGGUUGGACAGGGGCGGAUAUGCUUCGCCACUUCUCAGCCGGAAUGCGGUGCGGAGAUGACCACGACAUCAUGGAUGAAAGGCCGACUGGAAUACUACGGAUCAGCUUAGGUGCUAUGAGCAGUCUAACGGAUGUCGACACUUUCAUUGCAUUCCUUGAGGAAUUUUACGUGGACAAGCCUCCUGAAGGACUCCCGGUACCCCUGACAGGGAACGUCUCCCUGCAUCAGCCCAGCUUCUACGUGGAAAGCCUCUCCGUAUAUCCUAUCAAAAGCUGCGGGGCGUUCCGAAUUCCGGAUGGCCAGCGGUGGGAAGUGCGGAGGGAAGGCCUAGCUUGGGACCGGGAAUGGUGUCUCGUGCACCAAGGUACUGGCAUAACCCUCAACCAGAAGAGAUACCCUCGCAUGGCACUGAUCCGGCCAACUCUUGAUCUUGAGCGUUGUCUUUUACGUAUUACUUGCGGAGAAGCCAAUUCUCGAGAUGGGAAAACGUUAGAAAUCUCGCUCAAUCGCAUCGGCACAAACUCUCUCACGACAUCUCUGUGUCAGAACGCUUCCAAGCCCUCUACAGUCUGCGGAGAUAAAGUCGUCCUCCAAGCAUAUACGUCCCCGGCAGUCUCGAGGUUCUUCACUGACUUCCUCGGCGUACCCUGCACACUAGCAAGGUUUCCACCGCAAUCAUCAACUAGAUUCCACUCUCGAGCCACUGCCGCGAUAAAUAGGGACCAGAAUUAUAGUCAGAAGCAGAGCCCCAGCAUGCCAGGCUCAUUCCCCCAAGCACCUUCCUCACCAGAUCCGUACCCGACUCCCAUUCUUCUAUCUAAUGAAAGCCCCCUUCUACUCAUAUCCCGCUCAUCUGUGAACCGUCUGAAUGAAUCCAUUAAAUCUGCUUCCCAACCCUGCUCAAAUCCGGGCAGCGCCGCCAGCAAGAAAGCAGUCGCUGCAGACGUCUUCCGCGCCAACGUCGUUGUUGCUGAAAACAUCUCGACAGCGGAGCGGCCGUAUAUCGAGGAUACCUGGGCGUCGUUGAGCAUCGGCUCGGGACCUGAGCAGCUGCGUUUCGACGUUCUUGGCUCUUGCGAGCGUUGCCAAAUGGUCUGCGUGGACCAAUAUACCGGGCAGCGGGGCGACGAGCCUUAUGCAACACUGGCUAAAACUAGGAAAAUCGAUCGAAAAAUCUUGUUUGGGAGACAUAUUUCACCUGUUGGCAGGCCCAAGGAUGCAGAAAAUGGGUGUUUGGGAACGAUUAUGGUUGGUGAUGCUGUUACGCCAUCGUAUGACAAUGAAUCAUGA